AUGCAAAAAAGAGCAAGACAAAAUCAAAAGCAACACUCAAGGGAUUUAGAAAGUGAGAUCCUUAAGAGUGAUAAAAGUACUGAUCUCGCUAACUUACCACACGAAUCCUUCAAACUACCUCCCACGAAGAGACAGAAAACCACAAGUGCCAACUAACAAGCUAUUAUAUCGCAAAAAAUGGGAAAGCAAUAGGCUAAGGAGUGCUUGAGAGAAAUAGGCAAAAAGAAUUCAGCGGAUGAAUGUCUGAAUUUAACUUCUUCCCCAUCGAUUAGUUGUCAUGAAUCUCAGAAUAAUGAGUGUGACACCUUCAUUCAAGAUUCGGAAAACCUUACAAACAAGACACCUUCCACAUCUUUCAGCCAGCCAACGUAAGCAAAGGCCCUGCCCAGUAAAAGCAAGACUUAGAUAUCCACCUUGAAAAAUUCCUAACUCAAAUAAAUCAACGAGACCAAUCAUACUAGCAAGGCGGCAACUAAUUCUAAAGGUAUAUAACUCUUCACUAAUUUGAUUUUAGACAGCAUAGUAUUGUCUUCAAAAAGCGGCUCAACGAUGGCUGAAUGCCAGACAAUCGAUUCCAAAAAGUCGCAUCACAGUGAGAACUCCUCAAUUUUCAAUGAAGAUCACAUCGUCAAUGAUUUUAAUACUACAGAGACUCUAAACAAGAAUUAAGCAAAUAAAAUUCAAUCUAAGAAGCCUGUGAUCAAAUAAAUUCAGAAAUAAAUCGAAAGAACUAGAAAGCAGAACAACAGCUGCGACUUUUCCUCGGAGGAACGCUUAGUUUUACUCUUCCAGGCCAUUGAUAUAAUGAACUAUGAGCACUGGAAGAAUGACACUCUUAAAUCCCAAGGAUAUAUGAUACAAGAAGAUCAUGACUACCCAAUGAAUGAUAUUUCAAAGGAAAUUAGUCAGUGUAAUGAUGUAUCAGCAAAUGCAGACGAUAAUGGAAAUGCUGACAUAAUACCAAAUAACCUAAGUUUCACUCAAAACUUUAUUGAGGGCUCUGACAUAAACUUCACCAGUCCCAUAAUGAUUAAUCCUUAAAACCCAAUAAAAGAUCCAAGUAAUAUUAUCUCUACUUUAACGAAUACUUUAGUAACUAAGAAGAGGAUUAGAAUGUGUGCUAACAGGUUUUGCUGCUCUCCUAAUAAAAAUAGCGGUGAUUACAAGAACUGGUCAAGGAGAAAGGUUAAUAAAAGCAACUAAUUCAUGUGGCUGUGCGAGUUAUGCUCCUUAGCAUAUAAGAAUAACCAAUUUUGCACUUAUUGUAUCCAAAUCUACCUUGAUUCUGGAGACUAUGCUGAAACAGAUGGAAAAGAAUGGGUCCAAUGUGAGAGCUGUUCAAAAUGGGAGCAUACUGAAUGUGAAGUAGCAAGUGGUUUCAUAGAUCUCCCACAGAAGCUGCAACUAGAUCCAUCUGAAGGAUGGAAGUAUUUAUGUCCAGGUUGCAGAACCAAGAAGUCAACUAAUUCUAGCGCAGAAAAAGAUAAACCAAAAACAGCAUCUAGUGCUACUAGUGAAGACAAUCAUAAUAGCAAUAUCAAAAAUGAUGAUUCUUUCUCUCUUCCACAAGCUUAAUAGAAGUUUGAGAGUAUUGAGAACAAGAAGGUAGACCUGUCACCAGACGAUUUUGACUAAAUGCUAUCAGAUCUUACCUCGACUCAGAAGUAAACCAAUUAUCUCGGGGGAAGCAGGCGCAUAAAUCGCUAAAAAAGUUUCAUUGAGGAAACAAAACAAAAAAAUCAAUUAAUUGAUCAAUUAUCUGGAGACAAAGGUUAAAAUGUAGCAGCAACAACGAGGAACUCCCUGAAAAUGAGGAGGAAAGCCACGAAAGAUGACAAAUUACUUUCAUGCAAGUAAGAUUUAGGGAAGAUGACUCCUACACCUUAGUCCGAUAGCUUUUAGUAAUUUUUGAACCGCUCGCAAAUAACUACUCGACACGGAAAAUCAACUGCAACAGGUGUAAAAAAGCUAUGA